UAUUUAGGCAUUGUUUAGGUACUAGGUCAUCGUGUUUACCUGUAAACGGUCAUCUCUAUAAAAGCUCUGCUUCUGCUUUCACGAUCAAUCCAGUACAUUUUACUAUGACGUUUAGUGUUGCAGAUAUCGAACAGUGCAAAGAAAACAUUCAGCCGCUUCGAGAAGGACGACGUUUAAGCGCGCUUAAAAAGGGUAUACAACAAAAAUUAACUACGGAACAAAUUGAAGCUGAGAGAUUAAAUUAUGAAAAAUUACUCUUAUCAAACAAAUCGCAUGGGGAUCCCAUUCAGGCGUGGAUUAGUUAUAUCCAAUGGGUCAAAGAUACUUUUCUGAAUAGCUCAGUACAAGCAGAGUUAUUGGUCUUGAUAGAACGCUGUAUUCAGGAAUUUGCUCAUGUCAUUCAGUACAAAGACGACAUUCGAUUUCUCCAAAUUUGGCUUCAAUAUGCCGAUCUUAUCCAGGAUCCGACUGAUUUGUUCGCGUUUAUGGAUUCCAAUCAGAUUGGAGUAACUCAUGCUAUAUUUUGGAAAGCUUGGGGAAGUGUAAUGGAAAGCAGAAAGAAUUGGAGACAAGCUGAAAAAAUUUAUCAAAAAGGAAUAGACUGCCACUCGCAGCCAGAAGAACAGAUGAAAAUGAUACAACUAGAAUUCGAAGCAAGAAUGUUUCGUAUUAUGAAAACGCAGGCCAAGCAACAAAAAAACUGGCCAAUGUGGAUGCAAGAAGAUGAAGAUGAAUCAAGUCAACAAGAUCAAAGACAACCUGUAAGACUAGCUCUCAAUGAGAUAUUAGUCUAUUCAAAGAUGUCGGAACAUCAACGUCAAACGGAAUUAGAGUCUAACCGUAUAAGUAGGCCAUCUUCUGACGUCGUGCAAAAGAGUGAUUUGCUCUAUAGAGGUUCUGCUUAUAAGAGGCCUGGAGACGAAUCACUUCAUAUUUUUGUUGAUGAUUCGUCUAAUCCUCAACAAAAUACAAAGCGUCCAUGUUCUGCCAUUCCUCUUUCUAAUUCAACCGAAGAGUUACUGUCAGGCUCUAAAAAAUCGUCGUCAACGAAGCCAUCGGCUGUUUGGUCUCACGUUCCACUUGAAACUGAGUCUCGUAAAGAGAAUACUCAACUACCUGAUUGCUGGAAUAAUGCUCAAUUUGUUCCGGAUGUAUUUGCAAAAUCUGCAAAACAUGCUGUACUCCAUUCAGCAUAUCAAAAAGAGACAUCCUAUUCGAAUUCACACAACGCGGGCUUUUCUGUUUUUGAAGACAAAAAGUCAGAAGUAAAUUCAAUAGGUGGUAAAGAUUUGCCUAGUCUGAACAAACACCAAUGGAAUCCGCCUGUAAAUGACACCUACACCUUUCAGAUCACCUCUCAAUACUACCUAUUGGGAAGCAAUGAACCUAUUAAAAUGAAGUUUGGAAAAUUAGAAAAGGCGGCUUACGACCGAACAUUGGUUUGUCCAGGAGAUGGAAAGGAAUAUUCAUUUGAAGAAAUUCGGAUGGAAAGCAUGCUCAAAAAGAAAAAACAAGAGGAUGAAAGUAGAGAGAUCGAUAAUGUAAAAAAUGAAAAAGAGGCGAAACUAGUAACAAAGAAUUCAACGGAGAUUACUAUGGAGAAUGAACCAGUAAAAACUGAAGAAUCAGACUUGUUUAAUGAUCAUAAUGAUCAACCUUCUGCUUAUCGAAAAUUUCCACCAAGAACCCUUGCUUCUUCUUUGAGUCCACUACCAUUUCUUGAUCGCCAAUCACCUGUUUUAACCAGUAACGUAUCAAAUUCAUUAUCCUCUUCUUUCCCAAUUGAAUCCACUACUCUUUCUUCUUUCAAUCAGCCAUUUAAUUCUGAAACGGCUUCUCUUGCACUGUCCCCUAUUUCGGCACAGCAGAAACGCAAUCCUCUACGCCCUAUUUCUAUCAAUUCUCCUUCUACUUCUCAAGCCGUAUCUACCGAGGUGCCUAAUCUAAGUACAGAAUAUCACUCCUGGUCUCGCUAUUCCUCAAAUCCGCUCAAUUCAAUCGGCGAUACGCUUUCUACCGACCAGAUAUUGGUUCCAGGCAUGACAGUGGAUCCUGACGACGUGAAUAAUCCGCCUACUCUGACAGCACAUUCACAAGCAGCCUUGAUUACAGUUUUGGAUAUAUUGAACUUCAAUAAGGAGAGCGUAGACUUAAAUGACACGUAUGUUCGAGGCUCCCAAUACCAGGCAGCAGACCCGAUCGGUGAAGAAGAUGGUACUGACGUAACUGUAAGCUUGGUCAUUUCUAAAAAGGAUCAACGAAUUGAAUGCCUCCAAAAUAGUUUCUGCGUGUUUGACGAAUCAGGCAUUAGCGCUCCUGUCUCACCUCCAAAAGGCGACAUCAUCUCUGAUGAUCAUCAUGCAACGAUAGCCGAGAACAAAGAAAAUGGGAUUCUUGAUUCAAUUAAUCAAGAAAACAUCUCAUCUAUUGCACUCAACAGUCAGAAAACCACAAUAACUCAAAAGGAAAGCCAAACAGAUAACUCGAUGCAAAUUGGCUACAUGUUCGAGACAGAGAAGUCGGAAAAUGAAAACAUAAAGCCUUUAGAUAAAAAAAGCGGUGAUAACGUGGCCUAUAUCGAGAACGAUAAAUCGAUAGAAAACAACUUGGUAAAUGGCAUUGAUACCUUAGACAUAACUGGCGGUGAGCGGCCAAUAGAGAAGAAUGACGAAAUUAGUCCGGAGAAAUACACCAACGGCUUAGUAGAGAAUGGUUUCGGUAACUGCGAUUUAGCACAUAGUGAUAUCGAGGAUUCAACUAGAAGUAUUGCUAAUGAUAACUUGAUUGAUAAUAGUGGCUCAAUGCGCUAUACUCCCAACAUCGAUCAUAUUCCACAAGAAAACGGAUUUGACAGUGCGUUCACAUUAGAAAGCAAUAUUGCCAAUCCUACUGAUUGCAUGGAAAAUACCACCAACAAGGACAGAAUGCUUACAGAAAAUAGUAGCGAUGAUUUUCAACCAAUGAAUAAUGAUGUCAUCAAUGAAGGUAUACUUGGAGACAAUGAUAUCGGUAAUGACGACAAGCAGUGUAUAUCAUUUGCGGAAAUCAGUAACAGCCUCAAAAGUCCAAUAAAGGACUCUACAGACAAUAUCUGUAACAAUGGUUUGACAGAGAAUAAAAUCGAUUGGUUACUUUCCUGUAAUACGCCCAUUGAUAUCUUUAAAAAAAUAAACUCAGAGGAACCAAGCGAUGAUGAAUUAAAUAUCAGCCUACUUAUCGAAAACACAGGAAACAAGGCGAAUUGUUCGAUUAAUCCAGAUGUGUUUAAAGGCGCUAAUUCGGCCGUUCAGUCUUACCAACAAGGUCAGAGUACUGAGCCAAAACAGUUUGGUCUGCUUGAUUUGAUACAUAAAUACGAUAAUUUUGCAAAUUCAUCAUUUGCAGCUGAAGACGGUGUAUGUUCUUCAGGGCAGCCGGGUUCUGAAUUUCAAGUUCCGGUUGACAGAUCUUCCCAAGAUUCUGAACAGGGGGUUAGUCUGGAGCACAAUUCCGAAUUCAAGCACGGGCCGUCUGAAGAAAUUAAUGAUCGAAAUUGCGAGUUAAAUUCCUACGUAGAAUCCAGUCAAAACCGCGAAGAAUCCCACUUCGAUUUGUUUGAGCAAGAAUCUGAACCUCAAUAUUGCACAGAUAAUGCCGAAAAAAGUCAUACAGAUGAGUCUUGUAUCGACAUUGAACGAGUGCCUACAGAUGGAGUUAGCAUAAAAGCAGUUGAAAAAGAGUCUAUUCAAGAAGAAUAUUGUCCAGACUCCGAACAAGAAUCUAAGCUGCAAUGCAUUACGGAUCAAGCUGAACAAGAAUCUAUAAAACAGACUUACUCUGAUAUUGAUCAAGGGUCUGCUCAUUCUGUUUGUAUAGACGAUGAUAGACAAAACCAUGAGAAAGUGUUGAGCACGGAGUCAGAACAGGAAUUCAAAGAGUGUCGCUCGGUGAAUACAGGAGAGUGCGAGCUGAAAACUAGCUUGGAGUUUGCAGAACAGCGAUUUGAACCUGAUUUUGAGAAGUCAGUUCAGGAAGAUUAUAAUACAGAAUUUGAACGAAUGUUGACCGCAGACCGCGACGCUGGCGAAAUCGAACAAGAAUGCACUCUGUUGUCUUCCCACACGGAUGAAGUUGAUCAGAAACUUGACUACCAGGCUCAACUAGGGUCCGAACAUGACAAUGAGCCUGAAAAAUAUCAAAAAUUUCAAGAUGAAUGCUGCCGAGAUUCUCAAAAACUCGAAACUAAGUCCGCGAUAGAGGGCUCACCCGAACACUUAUCGGAAUUCCCCUAUCUGUCGAAUGACCUUCCAUUGGUGAAUAAUUUGCACUCUGUUCAGGAGCAGGCACAAAUAUGCUUCGAAGACAUUGAUUUAGACAUAGCUGGCAUAUUGAAAGACGGGAAUUUACACAUGUCUGCAAGAACGAGCACGAAUAAACGUUAUGAGCUGAGUAUGAUGAACAUGGACAAUUUUUCAGAUCUGACCAUGAAUAAUAUUGGUAAUAUAUCCGCGAUGACUGAGGAUCUUCCAGAAUUAACUCUAUUCAUCCCCAACAUGAAAAGAAUUAAUACUCGGCUAGGUGAAAACCCGACACCAUGUUCGACUUGUUUGAAUAGUUGCAAGAUUACGCAGCCCGUUCCACCCUGUAAAUUUGGAAAAAAAGUAUUUUGCUCCACAUGUUCCCAUCAGCAUAUCGAUGCAUUUGGCCUUUGUAUUGAGUGGAGUCAAAAGCAAUGUCUUCAAGCAUAUAUGGAAUCCAUUCAACAACAUCCAGAUUUGAUUCCAGUUGAUUGUACAGAUAACGCCCUACCCCAAUUGAAUUUAGCCUGCGAUUCUACUUCGACGUCAUUGUCUCUCGGCUUUUCACCUGGCGCUCCCUUACUUUCGACCCCGAUCCUGCCUCUUCAAGAUAUGACCUUGUCCCUUACAUUAAUUUAUUGUCAAGGCGAGAAUUGGAUAUGUUCAGCUACCGAACUUGCCACAAAUCGAUGUUUUAUUAUCAAAAAAACCACAUUUUAUGAAUAUUGGAUUUUCAAUCGUCUGCUGUACAAAUUGGGCGAGGAUUCUAGUCACUACAUUAUUCCCUUUCGGUAUGCCUACGUCUACCAAGACGCCACGUUGCUGCUUGCAGAAUACGACCCUUCAUUGAUUUCUUGGCGUUCUUUUUCGUUUAGUGAGCCUACUGAAGAAUAUAUAGCCAUGUACUAUACUUGUCACUUGCUAUCAUGGACUAAAGCGUUGCAUGAGCACCAAUUUUGCAUAAGUGGACAAACAAAUUUGAGCUUUUUGGUCCCUGUUCCAUGCAAGAGCCUUAAUUCCGGCAAACUCCGCUGUGAUGAUGUCUCAUGGAAUCUCUACGCACCUCGCAUGUGCAAUUACCAAUUCAUUAUUGAUCUGCAACCAUACUCUAACCCCGCGGACUUGAUUGCUCAAAUAGACGUCUCGUCAGCUAUCAAAGAGAUCAUCCAGAGCUCAAAGACGUGCCUUACAAUUCAACCAGCUGAUGACUUGAUAGCCAUGGUGGAAGUCAUACACCAGCUUCUAUAUGCAAAUAAGUUACAGGUGGAAUUUUCAGAAGGAAAAUGGACGUUUGAUACCGUAUAUCGAACCUCAGUCUGGAAUCAAAUCUUUGACGAGCUGUUGAGCAGCAUGGCACGAGGCAACGAACCAUUUGAAACACAGGUUUCCGGCUGCAUCAAGACAGUCACCACAGCCGAAAACUUGAUCAAAAGAUAUUUCUCAGAUCAUCCUUCUAAGUUAGACAGCCUUCAUGUUUAUUUAUCAAAUUUUAGCUAAGUGUUUUAUAAAGCCUUUUUUCCCAU